UCUAAGAGUGCUAUUGGUUCAGCUGUAGCUUUCUCGAUCAUAAGGACGCGCUUGGUUGCUAGGGCAGUGUUUAAGCCUUUGGAGCAGUGUCAUGCCGGAGAAGGCGCUGGUAACGCUCCGGUUUGGACCGUAUUCGUCCAGCUCUGGAUUAGUGGAUCAUCGCGUUUCCAGGCUUCAGGGUCUGCGAGCUGUGUUGGUUUCUAAUGGGCACCAAGUUAUUUUAGAAGAAAUGUUGGAUUGGAACACAGUAGAACUGAUUGUCAAUGGAGAACUUGUAUUCCGGUGUAACAUUAAAGAUCUGGACUUUGGUGGAGAUGGGCAACUAGACCCGCUUUGUGAAGAAGCCAGAAAGGCAGUUCAAAAUGCUUAUUAAUGAAGAAAUUGUCACGUAUUGCUUGUUUGAUCACAGUUUAACUGUCAUGCAGUUCUGCUUCAACUUGCUGUUUUACAGUUUACAAUAGCAUAAUAAUAAUUCCCACAUAAGGUCCCUGCAGUGAAUCUCUCUAGCCCUAAAAACUUAGAACAUCGACACCAGAACUUACACAGAACUCAACAAAGAAGAGAAAAAAUAUGCUGUAAUAUAACUUUGCCUUGGUCGAGAAAACUGAUAGCAACCACUGAUCAAUUAACAGUUAUUAUUGGUUCUGCAAAAUGGGGAGAAACACACAGUUGAAAAAUUAAAGAAUUUAUUCCUCACU